AUGUUCAGUGGCUCUUCGAGCCCACCUAAGGAAAGAACAGACACUGUCCCGACACCGGUUACUGGAAUCGAUAUCAGCGACACAAAUAUCCACCCGGACAACGCCAGCCCUCGUGAUAAGCGAUUCUCUCCUCCAAGCAGUGGCUUUUUCAACCGUCGUCAGAGCGACCAAGAGACUGUCACAGGAGAAAAGAAGCGCCGCAGUAGCACUGUCACCAAAGCCGCCAGCUUUUUCAACAGCGCCAGAAAUUCAUUCAGUUUGAACGGGGCCCGCGAUCCAUCGUCAUCCGCUCUGAGCUCGAGUCCCUCGGCCAGUGAAGGUACCUUUUCGAAGCUUGGUAGAAUGGACCCAGCUCUUGUUGUCCCUCAGGGGUCUCUUAACAAUUCCGCUGGCGAAUCUGCACCAACUCCUCGUUCUACUUUCCGGGUCGGUGUCACUGAGGAUCGAAACCGAAAAUGUCGCCGCACCAUGGAGGAUACCCAUGCUUAUCUGUACAACUUCUACGGUACCCCGGCUCCUACCUCACCUGAACCCAAUGCCACCAGUUCGGCCGAGCAGUCUAUCGACUCACACGCAAGCGUGGUAGAAACAGACAAUGGCUACUUCUCCAUAUUUGACGGUCACGCUGGCACUUUCGCAGCUGAAUGGUGUGGCAAAAAGUUGCAUUUGAUCCUCGAAGAUAUUAUGCGCAAGAACCCCAACACGCCUGUGCCUGAACUACUGGAUCAAACGUUCACCAGCGUUGAUCAGCAACUGGAGAAGCUACCCGUCAAGAACAGUGGGUGUACCGCUGUGAUUGCUUUGCUGCGCUGGGAAGAUCGUGUGCCUAGUUCCCAGUCCGCGACCGGGUCCGCCAAUAUUGCUUCUGCAGUAGCUGCCAGUAGGAGCGACGCGAAUGCCAAUGCCAAUGACGUUUCAGAUCCUGAGAGCCUGUCCGCGUCAAACUCGAAACUGCAACAAAAAGCCCAACGUCAACGUGUCCUGUACACGGCCAAUGUGGGCGAUGCUCGUAUCGUACUAUGUCGCAAUGGUAAAGCUCUUCGUUUGUCUUACGACCAUAAGGGUAGCGAUGAGAAUGAAGGGAAAAGAAUUGCGAAUGCCGGUGGCUUGAUUCUCAACAAUCGGGUCAAUGGUGUUCUCGCGGUUACUCGUGCUCUCGGAGAUGCAUAUCUGAAGGACCUGGUCACCGGGCAUCCUUACACCACAGAAACCGUCAUUCAGCCCGAUGCCGAUGAAUUUAUCAUUCUUGCGUGCGACGGGUUAUGGGACGUGUGCUCGGACCAAGAGGCCGUGGAUCUUAUCCGCAACGUCCAAGAUCCCCAACAAGCAUCCAAAAUCCUCGUCGACCACGCCCUUGCCAGAUUCAGCACCGACAAUCUUUCUUGUAUGGUCAUCAGACUUGACCCGUCUCGUGUGAAAGAUGUCGUGAACAGCAAGUCAAGUGCCAUUACAGUCGAAGGUGAUUCGAUGGCCAAGGCUCCUCAUGGAAUGAGUGAAGCGGACAAGAUCGUGGAGACGGCUAGAAACAGUAUGCUGAAUACUGGAACCAGUGACCAGAUCGCAACAAGUGAAAUCAAGGAGGAGAAUGUCUCAACCAUGACCACCGACGAACAAAAUCCGAAGAUUGGGAUACCUUCCAGUGAAUCUGGAGAUUCCUCAUCGGCGGGCGCAACAUCUUCAGUGCAUACCACUCAUAACAAGUGA